AUGGCAGAAAGCUUAAGCAGGUAUCUUCAAAGACUGGUUGCUUUUGGGGAGAUCAAAGGUGGGAGGCCCUCUUCUUCUAAUCUUGUUUGCUCACAUCAGCAAUUUGUGGAUGAUGCCAUCCUCCUUGGGUCUGCUUCUGUUCAAGAGGCUAAAUCUUUCAAAAGUUCCUUGCAGCUCUAUAUUCAAGCUUCUGAUCAGAUUGUCAAUUGGAACAAGAUGUCCAUCUUCUUCAUUAAUACUCCUCCCCUGAGACAUAGAAGAAUUGCUGAUAUCAUAGGCUAUGUGGUGGAGUCCUUCCCUUCUAUUUACUUGGGGUUAUUGUUGGGUUUUUCUCCUCCCGAUUCCUUUUGGAUCUCCAUUGUAGAUAGGUUCAAUAAGAAAUUAUCCGGUUGGAAAGGUGCUUUACUCAGUCAAGCUAGAAAGUUGCAGCUGCUGAAAUCUUCGCUUCAAAAUGUUCCUGUCUACGCUUUGAGUUUAUUUAAGAUUCCUUCCAAAUUUGUUGAUGCCAUUGAGAAUAUACAAAAGAUAUUUUUGUGGUCUGGAGUUGAAGAUAGGAAGAGGAUACCUUUCGUUGCCUGGGAGAAGGUUUGUAUCCCUAAAGCCUUGGGGGGUCUUGGUUUAAGGGUUAUCAAAGACUUUAAUAAUGCUUUGCUAGCCAAACAAGGAUGA